AACACUUUCAAGCAGUAGAAUAUAGCAGCUUGACGCCGCACGACACCAGACGUACACCAAAAAGCCAACGAACCAAUCGGUUGAAAACAAAAACAAAAACAAUAACAAAUAGAAAACAGCCGGCAAAAUGCGAAGUCUCUUCGCUGCUAAGCAUUUGCAAUUCAUUCAGUUUGUGAAUUACCGCCAAACGGUCUGCAGCUGUCCGGAACCCAACUGGAGACAGGAACCCAGUACAAAAACUAAAUCGCCUUUUUUUUAAAUAUAAAUACGUUUUUAUAUAAUUCAAUACUCCUGUCAAUUGUUUGGCGACGUCGCGCUAGUGCAAACUAUCAGCGAUUAACUUGGAUUAACCACUCAAAAUUAAACGCUUUUUUCUAACCAAAAAAUUAAUUUAUUAUAAAAACGCGCACGUAAACGUAUACGCAACGCAUGCUAAUAUUUCCGGCGGUUAAAGUUAGCGUGUACGCCUACGUAUUGGCCUCUAUCAUAUUUUUAGUUGUCUUCUCAAUUGGAUAUUUUACAUUUUCAUAUUUCUGAUCUGUCUGUUAGUGAUAGUCUUAGCAAUCGCUCACUAAAUCUCUCUGAUAAGCGCGCAUUUAAAAGGCAACGAGUGCUAACUAAAUAAUUGUUGUUGAUUAACGGUGUUGAUAAAGAUGGCAGCUAAAAAUAUACCAAGGCGCCAAGCAAUUCCCGUGCUUUACACCAGAGGCACACACUACGAUGUCGGUUUCGAUAUGGGUAGAACCUUUGCCUCGAUUAUUAAGAGCUUUUUACAACUCUGCAAUCCAUUAAAUGAGUCAUAUUUACCACUUUACAAUAAGGAUGAAGGCAGAAAAGUUUACAACGAAACAUUGGAGAGCGUUAAGAAGUCCUUUCCACAAUACGUCAGAGAACUGGAGGGCAUAGCUGAUGGCGCGCAAGUGGAGUUUCACAAGCUGUUCCUGCUUCAUAUGGAUGAGAUCACUGCAAUUUGUGCGAACGGAAAUGAAGCAGUUGCACCAAUUGGCUGCUCUAGCAUAAUCGUGAACAAUGAAAACUCGCGUAUACUUGCUCACACCGAAGAUGCCUUGGCGGCGACACUCAACCAUUAUUACUUUGUGGUGGCACAUAUCAUCAGCGAUACGCCACAGGGCAAACACAAGGUGAAGGAGGAGCGUUUCAUGUCGCUCUGCUAUGCCGGCCACCUGCCCGGCUAUACGAUGAACUACAACCAUCAUGGACUGGUGUUCACCAUUAACACAUUGUCGGCGUUGCAUUUGAGAAGUGGCAAAACACCUCGCCACUUCAUUACACGCGCGCUCUUAAGCGCCGAAAACUACGAACAAGCGCUCACUGUGCUCAAGGAUGAGGGCGUCGGGGCUGGCGACGGCUGCUCCUUCAAUAUGUCAUUCAUCAACGAAGAGCCAAGCAAGUUCUACAACAUUGAAAUGGCACCAGUAUUAGAAGACGGCACCAGUUCGCGUCUUGACAUUAAAGAGAUUUGCUGCGCUGGUCACAAUUGCCACGCCAACAGAUAUGAGCGUCUGUGCACCGAGGAGGCCAAUCCGUGGUUGUUAGCUUCGAGCAAAUCGCGCAUGAACACUUUCGGCGAAUAUCCGCCACCGAGUUGCAAGGAAGAUGUUGUGAAAAUGUUAAGCGAUUGUAGUGGCGGCGAGUAUUGCGUCUUCAAUGAAGACAAUACGUUGGAUGAGCUGGUCAAAACUAUUGCUGUGGGCGUUUUCGAUUUAAAUGAAAAAACAGUUGCCUUGUACUCAGACAAUCCGAGCAAGACUGAGCCGCAAUGCGUUCUGCCGCUUAUUCUCAAGAAGAACUGAACUUUAAACUACUCAUUUACAUAGAAAUGUUUAGUGUUCAAAAUAUAGUAUAACUGAAAACUAACCACUGUACUUAAACAUACAUAACAAUAAUUGUAUACAAGUUUAAAAAUGUGAAUAUUUGAGAAAGCAAAAUAAAAAUUUUACAAAUAGAAAAAUAUAUUUUUAAAAUAUA